ACCACUGCCCCAUGGCAUUCGACCAGAAACAACUGAGGUUUGCCUCUUCACAAAGGAUGAACCAAAUUUAUCAGCAGAACAGACUGAAAAUCUGUACAGGAAACUUUUAAUCCAGAAUGGGAUCAGAAGCGUUAGCCAGAUCAUCUCAUACAAAACUCUCAAAAAAGAGUACAAGCUAUUUGAAGCAAAGCGUCGCCUCCUGAACAGGUUUGAUCUCUUUCUGUCCGACGACCGAAUUAGAAGGCUCUUGCCCUCCCAUCUAGGAAAACACUUUUAUGAAAGGAAAAAAGUACCUUUAUCUGUAAACCUGAAAGCCAAAAAUCUUGCUAAGGAACUACAAAAGCAUAUCCAGGGGACUACGCUCCCAGUGACCAACAAAGGAUGCUGUUACACAGCACGGAUAGGCCACACUGGAAUGAAAGCCAAUGAGAUAGUCGAUAACAUCUUUGCAGCAGCCGAGGUGAUUGCCAGGAAGCUACCAAAGCGUUGGAAAAAUGUAAAAAUUCUUCACCUCAAAACACUUAAAUCAGUCGCCCUUCCCAUUUUUACUGCAAAUAUCUCCAACUUGGAUGAGCUUGACAGACAGCCAUCUCUCAAAAAAAAGGAAGGAAAGAACAAGAAACCAAAGAAGGCAGCUAAAAAAAUGAAUUCAAGUCAAGUCACUUCGACAACUGAAAUUAAUGCUGAUGCUGCCCAGGAGCUUGCGGCAAAAGGAAAAGUAGAAGUAGUCCAAGAUCCAGGUGAUCAUGAUGAUGAAGAAAUUCCACAACUAGUGCCUAUGCAAACAACCAUCUUAGAUGUGCUGAAGAAAAUGGAACAACGUCCAGAAAAAGGUGAUAAGCUGGGCAAGAAAACUAAAGCACCCCUCGGUAAGAGAAAGAAACAGCCUCUGGCUCUGGAGACUCCAAAACCAAAACUUAAAGUCACAGAAGAGGGUGCAGACUUGCAGACAUCACCAAAACAGAAAAAAGCCAAUCAGCACAGCAUGCCAAAUGAAGCAAUAAAAGAAAAAGAGACGAAAAAGACUCCCAAAAAGCCUGAAGCAAAGUCUUUUGCAACACCCAAAGCUGGCAAAUCAAUACAGUCAGCCAAGAAGGCUUCAAAACCCCGAAAGAAAGCACACAGGCCACAGUCAGCAUGA